UUCCCUAUAUAAGCCUCAGAGCGCCGCUGUUUACCAAUAAGGAACUAUUCUGCAAAUCCAGAAUCACCUCCAUGAUACAGUGUUCAACCACAAGAAGAAAUAUACAGCAUUUUACUCUAGCAUGUGCCAUGUAUAGGACUCAUAAAGAAAAGGGAUCACCUUCUGCUACUAAUUCUAUUGGAUUAUAAAUGUAACAAGGAGUUUUAGCAAUAUUCAGUAUUUCUGGUAAGAAGAAGAAUGCCUGGAUUACAACUGCAGGAAGGACAAUCAAUGCAAGGACUCAGAGGGCAAGUAAUAUUUCUUUUCAUAAUUUUCUGGCUGUGCCAUUCAGUCUCUGGUCAGAUUCAUUAUUCUAUUAAUGAAGAAUUAAGAAAAGGUUCAAUUGUUGGAAAUUUAUCAAAUGAUCUUGAGCUAAAUAUUAAUGAUCUCUCCAGAAGAAGAUUACGUAUUGUGUCUGAUAUGUCUGAGAAAUAUUUCAAUAUAAAUCUUGAUAAUGGAAACCUAGUAAUUGCUGAUAGGAUAGAUAGGGAGACAUUAUGUGGAGCUUCAGCUGAUUGUGUCCUUACAUUCGAUGCUGUGGUAGAAAAUCCACUAAAUGUCUUCAGUAUAAAGAUUGAUAUUCAGGAUAUAAAUGACAAUCCUCCUACAUUUGUCCAUGAAAAUAUUAAAAUAGAAAUUAGUGAAUUAACCUCUCCAGGAAGAAGAUUUAUUUUACAAAAUGCAGAAGAUCUGGAUGUAGGUAUUAAUUCUCUGAUAAGUUACAGGUUCAGUACAAACCAAUAUUUUUCUCUUGGAGAGAAGGUCAGCUCUGAUGGCAGUGUAUUUCCAGAGCUCAUACUAGAGAAACCUCUAGACCGAGAGGCACAAGACAAGCAUGAACUCAUUCUAACAGCUUCUGAUGGUGGAAAUCCUGUACAGACAGGCUCUGCCUUAAUUAAUAUCAUUAUCAAUGAUAUCAAUGAUAAUUAUCCAGUAUUUACACAGGAUGUAUAUAAAGUAAGUGUUAGGGAAAAUAUACCGGUGAAUUCAACAAUUCUGCAGGUCAGUGCAAGUGACGAAGAUGAAGGUAUCAAUGCACAGAUCACUUACUCUAUUAGAACCAAAGCAAAAAAUAUUCUUCAGGCUUUUACUAUCAAUCCCAGAAAUGGAUUGAUUACAACAAAAGGCUAUAUAGAUUAUGAAGUGUCAAGAUUUUAUGAAUUUUCAGUACAAGCAGAAGAUGGUGGAAGUCUUGCUGCCAAAGCCAAGAUUGUAAUAGAAAUAACAGAUGAAAAUGACAAUGCCCCAGAUAUAUCCAUAACUUCAUCAUCAGAUAUUAUUCCUGAAGAUUCAGCACCUGGAAUGGUGGUAGCACUUAUUAAAGUUCAUGACCGUGACUCAGGAGAAAAUGGAGAGCUUCAAUGCAAAAUAAAAGGUGAUUUACCAUUUGAGCUAAUAUCAUCAGAAAGUAAUUUUUAUAAAAUUGUUACAAAAAGUAGUCUAGAUAGAGAAAAAGUAUCAUCCUACAACAUUACCAUAAAAGCCUCAGACAAAGGGUCUCCUGAAAUGACAUCAAGGAAAGUUUUUCAAGUGAACAUAACAGAUAUUAAUGACAAUGCCCCAGUGUUUGAGAAAUUGCUUUACACUGCAUUUGUCACUGAAAAUAAUUCACCAGGAGCUUCAAUAUUUAGUAUUCAAGCAAAAGACAUUGACAGUGAUGACAAUGCUAAGAUAACAUAUUCUAUAAAGACUAGAGGUAAAGAAGAAGAUUCCCUGUCUUCUUAUAUCUCUUUAAAUCCAGUAACAGGGGUCAUAUAUGCGCAAAGGUCAUUUGAUUAUGAGAAACAUAGAGAAUUUAAUAUUGAAAUCAUUGCCAGAGACAAUGGAUCUCCAUCUCUGAACAGCAGUGCAACACUAAAAAUAUAUAUAGUCGACCAGAAUGAUAAUUCACCCAUUAUUCUCUACCCAUCACCAGAGGUUGAUAGUUCAACAUUUGAGAUGGUUCCUUGGACCUCUGAAAAAGGAUCUUUAGUAUCUAAAGUGGUGGCAAUGGAUGCUGACUCUGGACACAAUGCCUGGUUGACUUACUUUUUACAGUCUUCAGAACCAUCACUCUUCACCAUUGACCAGCACACGGGAGAGAUCAGGACAUCACAUGUAUUUCAAGAAAGAGACAUCAAGAAACAUGGAAUUGUGGUUCUAGUAAAAGACAAUGGGAUUCCAUCCCACUCAGCUUCAGUCACUAUAAACAUGGUGAUUGCUGAUGGUUUUCAUCAGAUCCUUCCCGAGCUAAGCAGUCAGUCUAACAAAGAAGAAUCUCAGUCCAACCUACAAUUCUACUUGGUAAUAGCCUUGGCAUUAAUUUCAUUUCUCUUCAUGUUGACUGUGGUUAUUUCAGUUGUCUCCAAAUAUAAAGAGUCAAAGUCUUCUACCACAUUUGGAUCUAUGAGUACAAAUCUAUAUCCACCAGUUGAUCCCAGAAUCAUUUCACAGUUCAACAAUGGAACAUUACCUCUGCCAUAUUCCUAUGAUGUUUGUGUAACUCUGGAUCCACAUGACCAGGAAUUUGCAUUUCUUAAACCUCAGCACAAUGUUCCAGUUGACAGUCUAAUAGAUGCUGAUGAUUCUGGCAUAGGAAGUGAAAUGUUAAAGAACUGUCCACCUAUAGAAAAUGUCAUUUCACAGGUAUGUUUUUAUGACAUUUGUAAAUCAGUAUUUAUCUGUUGAUACUUAAAGGGAACCUGUUACGUUGAAAUGGUGUCUGAGCUGAAGGAAGCAUGCUAUAGAG